AUGGUGAGCGGGCAGUCCAGUGUUGGAACCAUUAAGAGCGAAAGGUCGCCACCUUUUGCCUAUGACGAAUGGUACCAGGGCAACCCACCUCGCUGGGUGGUUGAGAAGGACAGCGAAGAGCUACUACCGUCGACUUUGUCGCCUGUCGAACUUUCAGGUAAGCCACCACACCAACGGCAUACUGCAACGCUAAAGAAGCUAGAAGGUCGAACUUGGGAUACGAGGUCGGAGUUGGAGGCCAAGGCCAAACGCUUCAGCGUUCGGUGCACAGAAGCACCCCCUAGUACGUCCACUCCUGCACACGACACCGAACGACUAAGCUCACGUUUCCACAAGGCUUCCGACACCAUCCCGUCUUCACUUCCUGAUCAGGUGGAUUUCCUUGAGCGUUGUGCUGUGCCGAAUUCUUGGAAAGACCCUACACCUACUGGGAAUUGUCAGUUGUGCUUCAAGUCUUACCAUGACGCAGACACGAAUCCUGUCAUAGCACCUCCCUGCGGUUGCUCCAUGCAUGAUCGAUGUCUCAUGGACAAUCUGCGUACGCUUGAUGAGAAGGUCGGCAGGUGUCCAGUAUGCCAGGCGUAUCUGUGUAACCGUAGUCUAGCCGAGCGCAUCGGCAAUGACAUCGAACAGAUCUUUGAGUUGCAAGUCAAUCCAUUACGAGAGGAGGUCACCCUCGAAUUCCCACAGCGGAGUAAGGGCAUCAUAUGUAGUACGGAGGAGGGCGUUGCUGUCACGCAGCUUCGUCUACUCAAGGACUACGUCGAUGUCCACGCCGAAGAGCUCUUCCGUCUAUGGGAAGGUAAUCGUGCAGAACCCGACUGGUUUGGAGGCGUGGUGCGUCCCGCUAUCCAACUCUUUCAAGGGUGGAAUCCCGCUAUGCGAAGCCGCUUCUUUUCAAAUGAGGACGCUUUCCUUAAGCUCCUCGCAUGGGCAGAGCUGGUGCGCUUGAUGAACAUCAGCUGUGCGAAGAAGAGACAGGCCCAUGAUAGCGAUGCACAUUUUCCGCGAUUGGGAGAGUUACAUCGCAAGUUUUUGAAGGCCGUUGAGCGAUACAACAAAGAGAAAAUGUCGUGGGAUACGAGUCGCUCUGGUGUUUAUGAACACGACAGGAUCGCGACGGAUAUUGUCGAGGUCGCAAUGAACACUCAGGUGCCGUAG